AUGGCCUGUCCCUCUGCGGUCUUCUGCCGGAAGGUCUUGAAGAGCUUCGGCACGGCAAACGAAGCCAUACAGCAGUGGAAGAAAAUAAAUGCUAAGCUUCAUGAUGGAGUGUGUCAGCAUUGCAAAGGUAUCUUGGAGUGGCGGGUAAAAUUCAGCAAGUACAAACUACUAUCAAAACCUAAAAAAUGUGUGAAGUGCCUCCAGAAGACUGUAAAAGAUCCUUACCAUAUUAUUUGUCGACCAUGUGCUGGUAAACUAGAAGUUUGUGCCAAAUGUGGAAAAGAAGAAGAAAUAGUAAUUCCGAUUGAUAAAGGACAAGACAGAACUGAGAGUGUGACUACUAAAAAUGGCCAAGAGAGCAGUGGGUUGAAGGAUGAGUUGGAUUUUGAUACAAACUUCAGCAGUACAGACAGUGAUGAAGAUUUUGAUGUGCUUGAGGAACGAUUUAAAAGUAUGAAUUUUGAAAGGACAGAGAUCUAAAAGGUUGAGGUUUAGAUGGGAGACUAUAUGCAAUCAGAAGUGGUAAACCAAUGUUUGCCUUAAACUGCUCUGAAAACCUGAUUUGACAUCUAAGGUCCUUGCAUAUAAAUGUUGGCACUGUGUAUUAUGACACUUGUUGGGGGUUUUGUAUAAAUAAGUAUUUUUUUGUAUUAAGAGCAGAAUUUCUUGUGAAAAGAUUCAGAAAUUGAAUCUUUAAGCAUAGUUAUUUCUUGCAUACAUGUAACAACUUCCUGUUUAUCUGGAAUAAAGCCUCUUUGUG